CUGCAAAAUGAAAUACCAAUUCUACAUUCAGAUGAGAUCAGAGAUGCUUUAAAAGUUUCUGACUUUAUCCGUCAUCUAAAUGCAAAAAUGGAACCUGGAAAAGAAAAUGUGGAUGAAGAUGACGUUUACAUCAUCCUGAAAAACUGCAAUGCAGAAAAUGUUACAGAGGCACUGAUAAAGUUGCCAGUUCUCCUGGAUCUCCUCCAUAACAGUGAUGCCUUCCGUGACAUCAGAGACUUUAUAAAAUCAAGCCUGCAAAAUGGAGAAGAAGAUUUUCAUGAAGAUGUCAGUCACGGCACCUCAAAAGACUUCAACACAGAAAACGUCCCUGAGGGACUGGAAAAAAUAUUACCAGUUCUCAUGGAUCUCCUGCAGAACAGUGAUGCCUUCAGAGAUGUCAGAGACUUUACUGAAUCGAGCCUGCAAAAUGGGAAAGAAAUGUUUGAUGAAGAUGACGUUUACAUCAUCCUGAAAGACUGUGAUGCAGAAAAUGUUACAGAGGGACUAAUAAAAGCACCAGUUCUACUGAAUCUCCUACAAAACAGGGAUGUCUUUGAUGGCAGCAGAGCUUUUGUUAAGUCCAGCAUGAAACAACCACCUUCUCCACACUCAGCUGGAAGGACUAGGGAUUCUUCGACUGCUUCGGACUCUAACAACCAUCUAAAUGCAAAGUUGGAACUAGAUAAAGAGACAGACAAUUUUCCUGAAGAUGUCAGCCAUGGCUCCUUGAGUAGUUUAGAGACUAAAGAGGUUACAGAGGAACCUAUAAAACAUUUAGCAGACCCACUUGAAGUGGACUUUUCCAGCAGUGCCCUCAGUGGCAACAGAACUGUGAAUAAAGCAUUCAUUAAAAAUGAGUCGCCGUUACCAGAUGGAAACAACAAAGAUACUUUCAACACCAAUGACUCCAAGAAACAUCAAAAUAGAAAAAAAGAUCCCGAUUUGUAUUUUUAUGUCACAGCCUCUCCGUCUGCAGACGGGGGUCAAAGGAGGAACACUUUGAACAGCAGCGGGAGCAAUUUGAACAAACAAAUGAAAAGUGACUCGUCAGAUUCGUUGCAGACGACCUACAAUACAAUCAACGCACCUACCCCUGAGAAGUGGACAAAAACAGAAUGUGGCAUUGAAGCCAUCACAUGCUCAGAGAACUCCACCACAAUGCAAGCCACUUUUGGAGCCUGGAUGUUGGACGCAUCCCGGCCGGAGGAAGAUCGAUUCUGGUUGGCUGAGCAUUUUUCAGGUCGAAUUUUGCGAGAGUUCAAGAACAUUUCGGCAUUUCCAAAUGCAAACCACAAAAUUAUUGAUCUCCAGAAGUUCUACCAGGGCUGUGGUCACGUUGUCUACAGAGGAGCGUUUUACUUCCACAAUGGAGGAACGAACCAGCUUGUAAAGUUUGCCUUGAACACACGGAGAAUGACCACUCUGGUCAUGCCGUACAGCAGAUAUCACAACCUGAAUUAUCUCUUCAGGAACUCAAAGACAUAUUUCAAGUUUGCUGUGGAUGAAAACGGCCUGUGGGUCAUCUUUGCCUCAAACACAGGCGAUAAGACCAUGGUCGCAAAGCUCGACCCAGUCAGCUUCACUGUGGAGUCCAUCAUUGACACGGCCUUCCCCACAGAUAAAACAGGGAAUGCUUUCAUCGUGUGUGGCGUGCUGUAUGUUACAGAUCCUUCAGACCGGGUUGUGACGUACGCAUUCGACUUGCAGACACAGAUUCUUCUUGAUGCAAAUUUUGCUUUAAGGCAAACUAAUGACAUCAUGGCUAUGCUGUCGUACUAUCCCUACACAAACCUUCUGUAUAUUUGGAAGAACAGAAGCGUGAGCACCUGCAGAGUUAAACUCAAACACGCCUAGAAAAGAAACCGUCGUGAAAUCUCAACAGUUUUCUAUGUUUUUAAAAAGUGACUUAAAUCUGUUUUUAUUUUAUUUUAUUUGUUUUGUUGCAAUGAACGUGUGACCUCCAAAAUACCGUAUGAGUACUGAAGAUUUACUGACAUACAGGUGAAUCUGAAAAAAAAUUAGAAUAUGGUGAAAAAGUUUUUGUCCGUCAUUUCAGAAAGUGAAACU